UCACAUUGUGCACUUUUACCGAAUAAAAGAAAAGGAAAAUCAUUUAGAUUCGAAAGCUACGCGGACCCGAGGAAUCAAUAGAUGCAGAUACAAAAAUCCCGAGACAAAUUUUUAUCCUCAUUAAAUUACGCAUCAACCUCGUUUCGCAUAAAUAUGGCCCCAGCGACCUAUUGGAAACCUAACCAGAAUUUUAUCGUUCGAGAAUCGAGCGAAUCGCUGGUAUUAAUUAAAAACCGAAAUAAAGCUUGGGAUGUAUAUAUUUAGUUAAAAAUAUAUAAAAAUGGCCCGGUAUAAUUGAUCGCGAGGAAGACGGCCGUUGAUUGGUCGCGGGACCAGACGUGGGUGGGGCUUAGUCCUCACAACAAAUGAUGUCAUAAAAUCCAUAGGGUAAAAAUAAAAACGCAAAAAAAGUAACAAAAAAGAAUUAAAAACUGCUGCCUUGAUGAAGCGAAUUCUGAGCCGAUAUUGAAGGAAUACGCGGCGAGAAGAAGUGAUAUUAGGCUGUAUGUGUGUUGUGGGAGGGGCCGUUGUGAGUCUGUGCGAGUUUUUCUAUGAUUUUUUCACAUGUCUGGAGACGCCAAGUACAUCAGUCUCUACUACAGCCUUGUUCACCAGGGAGCCUCCGAUUUCUACAAGGAAAUCAUCAAAGAGACACCUGGAUCCGCAUGCUGGCCGUGUCCAAUUUCCUGGAAGCUGUAAAUUCCUAAAGUCCUCUUAGGCACCUAACUGGUUGCCAGUCAUGAGUUGGUUUAACAGGCUAAACUUGUAUUCACUACAUGGCAUUAAGGAUAAAGGCCCUGGUGGCAACAUGAGCUAUUUGCCUCCAUGGGCACCAACCUCAGGGGGAGGACACUACCCACCACACAUGCUGCCUCCACAUCCUUCCACGUCGUCUUCACACUCGCCACAGACGACUCAUAGCACAACACAGGCCAACACGUCUGCAUCUGUGUACCAGAACCUUUCCCCAGUAGUGAAGAGUGUCCCGCCAGCAAGUGUUUCCAUCAUUCAGUCAAAUACCACUUCUAAGCCAUCUACUGUAUCUUCCGCUGGGUCAACAGCUACAACAACUUCCUCAUCUACAUCGUCGUUAUCCAUUGAUGAUCCCUAUGAGCCUCAAGGGUUUCAGCGUUCAGAAUCUCCGCCUCUGAAGCGGCCAAACUUGGGAGAUGCAGUCAAGACUGAGAACCACAACACAAGAGACUCUCCAGUUCAAGACAUGAUCCUAGGACUUGCAGGGCCAAGCACCCUUGAUCUUAAGACUGGGAUGAGGAAUUUGCUCUUUGGUCCUGUCAGGUCCCCGGGGAAAUACCCUGCACCGGAGCAGCUGCCCGGCCCUGUUAUGUUUUCCUACCAGGGCAGAGGGAGGCCUCGGAAAAAUUGGACCCAUGCAACGGGACUGCCAACCAUGAUUCCAGUGACUCAUCCACCCAUCAUCCAUGGAUCACAUGGCUCCCCAGAUGACCCGGAUGAUGAGGAAAACAGACCUUUUAAGUGUAAUCUCUGUGGCAAAGGGUUCAAACUCAAGGGAGGACUCAUGCAGCAUGAAAGAACUCACAGCACUGACCGGCCAUACGUAUGUCCCGACUGUGGGAAGCUCUUCCGGCAGCCUACUCACUUGCAGCAGCAUUUAAGGAUUCAUACUGGAGAGAAACCAUAUGAAUGUGCAUUUUGUGAUAAAUCAUUUAGACAGAGAACAAUAUUAAAUCAGCAUCUCAGGAUACAUACGGGAGAAAAACCAUAUGCAUGUAUGGAGUGUGGCAAGCAGUUUCGACAAAAGGCAAUACUAGAUCAGCAUUUUAGAACACAUCUAGGCGAGAAGCCUUAUGCUUGUCCACAUCCAUCUUGCAGAAAACAUUUUAGAGAGAUGGCGACUCUCAUUUCUCAUAUGAAGUGCCAUAAAGAUGUGCCUGAUCCCAGGAUUGUUCUUCAACAGGCAAAACAGUUGAUUAAAGAAGAGCGCCAAGAUAAUCCACCUUUAAGUCGUGAACAUGGGGAGGGCCCAGAUAGAGGGCUUGGCCAAGACAGAAUAGGACAAGAAGGGGGAGUAGGACAGGACAGGUUAGGACAAGAUCUGGGGAUGGGACCAAAUAGGGUAGGGCAGGACAAUGUCAAUCAGAGAGAAAGUGGGAGUGGGAGUUCUGAACAAGGAGGAUACCAAAACAGUGGAGAUCAAAUCAGGCAUGGCCAUAGACCCUUUCCUCCACCAAAUUCCUCAGAUUCCAAUGUAGCUCAGAAAUCUCCGCAUCCCCUGUCACAGCAUUCUGGAGGGGACCAGUCAAGUGAGAAUUCCUCUGGACCGCCACAGCAAGCACACUCGCAGUCAUUAUCAACUAACAUGAUGCCAACUCCUCCGCAGAUGGCCAUGGCAAACCUGAUUCCCUAUCCCCACUCUAUUUUUCCAGCCACUUCUUACAUGAUGCCGCAGCCUGACCCAAGACAAUACCACCCACAAUCACAACAACAACAUCGACCUAAUCAGUAAAUUUGCUGACAAUAUUUUUGAGACAUAUUAGAACUAAAUGGGCAUAAAAUUAUUUUUGUUUAUUUUAUCUUUAACAUUUUUUUCUUUUUUUAUCAAAAUAAUUUGAAUAAAAUCAUACAGUGGAAUUUAGAACUAUGCAAGCAAUCUUUACAACAAAUAAAUAAAACAAAAUUUGGGCAGGGGAUACAUACAAACACAUACCUGAAUUUUUCCCGGUGAUUCUGAUUAUCAAAGAGAAAUGAAAGUUGUAUCUGUACAAUUCUUACGUAUUUCCUGUGAACUAAGAAGAAACAAGACUAGAAAAUUAUAUUCAUGAUGGAAUUAAAAGGUUACAGUUCCUAAUUAUUGGAAGCACAGAAAUAACCUCAAAGGUGGAGGAACAGAAGGUAUUGUAUUACAACUACUAGAUUUAACAUCUAAGGAGAAAACAGUCAUUAGGUAGGGGUGCUGUGUCUAGUUUUGUAGAUUGUAGUGUUUUGUCACGAUGGUUAUACCAUUGUGAUGAGCCUUUUUUUUUUUGUCUCAUUUAUUUUGUUAUGAAGGUACAGGAGUGUCCUAAGGCAUAAAUUGAUAUAUGUAUAAGAAUUCAAUGUGUGUAGUUACUUAGUCUUUCUUACAUGACAGUUGUUACUGAUGAAUGUCAGUACAUAGCAUUCUUUGUAAAGUGUUUUACAAACUACUUUUUUUUCCCCCUGAAAUAUGUCAUCCAGGCGAGAUUAGAGUGAAGUAUUAUAUGUACUUAAUAUGCAUAUGAACUCGCAGCAUAGGUUUGGGUUUAGCUAAAAUGGCAAAAUGCAGAUUUUAAUUGUAAAAAGAAAAAAAAAAAGUGACCAUUUUUAAGAACCAGUGACAAGUUUUGAUUUUAAAACAAGUCUGCAUUGUUGCUGUCUCUGUGGCUUGCCCAUAAUCUUAUAGAUGUUAUGAGAAGGUAAAGGGUGCUUUGGUGGGCAUUCACAUUGUUGUAAAUAUUAACUUAACGAGCAUGCCAUGGCCCAGCAGCAGUCUUUUUAUAGUGCAAAGCAGAGCAUCUGUUUCUUGACUUUGUAACAAGUAGACAGUGUAUUAGUUUAAUUAUAUUGUUUUGUCACAAGUUGAGUUAACUUGGAUAAUUUAUGUAGAUACUUGAACUUUUUUUAAUCUAUAUACAGUAUUUUUUCAUUGAAAAUCAUUCAGUGAAUGUUUGUUGUUUAUAAGUUUGCUUAAUAUAUUAAGUUAUAGUGUAUUUUAAUAUCUAAAGAUCUCAAUUUUCAGAUUGCUGAAUUGAUUAAAGAACAGUAUAAAA